GCAGGCGGUAACGUCGCUCCUCGCGGCAAUUCGUCGCGUCGUCUCUAUUUUCAUUCGCGCGAUACGACCGGCGGCUGCGCUGACACGUUUGAACGGUCCGUAGAAACGAGAGAGUGAUAGAUUAUCGGGCGAUGGGCAUCAUCCGUGAGCACGAUGCCGUAGUUCCGCGGGAUUCUCGGCCUCCUUACGUCUCUCCUGCGUCUCACCGACGAGAUUAACGCGAACAAUUUCGACGAAACAUCGCGGAACAUCAAUCAACCGAUCGACCGACCGACGGCUGAUCAUCCUCGUACUUGUCGCGUGACCAACGACCGACGAUCGCGCUCCUCGGGGAUGGAACGUAGCCUCUCGUCGCGGUCGCGCUGCGAACGCGACUGUUGACACCGCGCCGACAGCGGUAGGCUCUCCUCCGGCUGACGGAGCCGAGCUCCCCGACGACGGCGUUGUCAACACGUUGUCCGGGUGGCGUAUCGAUCAACCGGCGGUGAGCAAGCGUGACAGCGGUUGAGCAAGCUUCUCUCCGCAGCAUUCGGCCGUAACGAAGUGCGAGACGACGGAGCGGGCUCGAGAGAGAGAUAUUACCCCGGCGGCCGUCGCUCUCUCCGGCGUUUCGCGUCGCGUCGCUUCCGCGUCCCUGUGCAAUGGCAGACGCUCCGCAGCGAAUCGCUCGCCCCGGCGGUCCUCGACGAGCGACGGGAGAAGAAGCCGCGCGCGAGUUCCGUCAAUGAUCGACGACGGCUGAUCGUAUCGCAUAUCGAUAUAAACGCCGAAGAGUGCCAUUUGCGAGUCCGUUGUGUACCGCGUAGACGCGCAAACGAGCAGCGGAGAAGAAGAACGUUGUUGGAGCGCGUUCUUCGAGACGACUCGACGAUGCGCGAGUGCUGAUCAGCGCGCAUCCCGGGUAAGCCCCCCUCCCCCCCUGAGCCCUGUCGCCGUAGUCACCGUCGUCGGCUGUGCGCGCGCGAGAUCACGCUCCAGACACCACGGAGAAUAGAAAGAGCAGCACGCGCACGGGGUCAACCCUCGGAUAUAUUAACGAAGAUGUGCAUCGGCGGUGGAUUGAUCGAUCGGUUGCUCUUGUUAGCGGCGUUCGGAAUCACGGUCCAAGGGCAGCUGAAAAGUCCACGGAUAACCGAGCACCCGUCCGACAUAAUAGUCGCGAAAAAUGAGCCGGUGACGUUGAACUGCAAGGCGGAGGGCAAGCCCGAGCCGGUGAUAGAGUGGUACAAGGACGGCGAGCUUGUGCAGACGUCGCACAAGGGUGACACCAAGUCCCGACGAGUCCUGCUGCCUACGGGAUCCCUGUUCUUUCUGCGUGUGAUGCACGGCAAGAAGGAGCAAGAUGGCGGUGUUUAUUGGUGCGUCGCGAGGAAUCAGGCAGGAUCCGCCCCGAGUAGGAACGCCACUCUCACGGUCGCAGUACUGCGAGACGAGUUUCGCGCGGAGCCGCAGGACACGAGGGUCGCCGCCGGGGAGACCGCGCUACUGGAGUGUGGACCACCUCGCGGCCAUCCGGAGCCGACUCUCCAUUGGAAAAGGAACGGCCACAUAAUAGACCUGGAAGCGACGAAACGGAUAACUCUCGUCGACGGGGGCAACCUGAUGAUAUCCGACGUGAAGCAAACCGAUCAGGGCAAAUACCAGUGCAUCGCCGAGAACAUGGUCGGCACGAAGGAGUCCGCGAUAGCGACUCUCAAGGUUCACGUGAAGCCGUACUUCUUAACCACGCCGUCGAACCAGACGAUCCUCACGGAUCAGACAGCGGAAUUCGCCUGCAGGGUGGGCGGUGACCCAUCCCCGGAUAUCAUAUGGCGGCGGAGCGACGGCAAGAUGCCCAUAGGUCGGGCGCAUAUCCUGGACGACAAGAGUCUGCACAUCCAACGGGUCGAAUCCCAAGACCACGGCACGUACAUUUGCGAGGCCGGGAACGGCGUCGGCGAGAUAUCAGCCAGUGCCACUCUUACCGUGCAUUCGAAGCCAGUAUUCACCAACUUCCCCAAGGACGAGACGGUGAGCGCCGGCACCGAUGUCACCAUUUCAUGCGCAGCUCGCGGCACCCCGAAGCCGUCGAUAUUUUGGACCCGGGAGGGCUCUCAGGAGCUAAUGUUCCCCGGCAACACGUAUCAAAGCCACUACACCGUCACGGAAGACGGGAGCCUGAGUAUCAAGGGCGCCGUGAGGAAAGACGAAGGCCACUACGUGUGCAGCGCCAUUAGUCAAGCUGGUGCCAGCACCGCGACCGUAUUUCUUCAGGUGACGUCCGUGGAGGAGACACCGCCGCCCAUAAUCGAGCUGGGGCCGGCGAACCAGACGCUGCCGCUGAAGAGCGUCGCCUCGUUGCCGUGCCGCGCGGUCGGUACACCCACGCCGCGGGUUCACUGGCACAAGGAAGGCGUGCUCGUACGGCCCGGCGGCCGUAUCACGAUGGCCAUCAACGGCACGCUGUUUAUCGACGACCUGCGCUCCAAUGACUCCGGACUGUACACCUGCAUCGCCUCCUCCGAGUCCGGCAACACGUCCUGGUCGGCCUACCUGACGGUGAGUGCCGGCGCGAGCUUCCACAGGACGCCCGACGUCUCGGCCCUGCCGCAGAACCCGAGCAAGCCGCGGAUAGUGAACGCCACCAGCAACUCCGUCACCCUCACGUGGAGCCCGGGUCACGAGGGUCAGAGUAAGAUCGUCGGCUACAACGUCGAGUACUACAGCAGCAACCUGAACACCGGCUGGGUGGUGGCGGCCACCAGUGUUCUCGACGACAUCUAUACGGUGACAGAUUUAAGACCGGAGACCAAUUACGUCUUCCUAGUACGAGCGGAAAAUAGCCACGGGCUCUCGCUACCCGGGCCGCUGUCCGACGUGGUGCAAACUACUAACGCAAAUCAGCAUACGGUACCGCAAGUGGAACUGACUCGCGCCAGAGAUCGGCUAAACAGCGAGAUUUUACAUCUCAAAGAGGUGCAACCGCUGAGCAGCACGAGCGUGAAGAUCAUGUGGGACAUCCUCGGCGCGGCGGAUCUAGUGGAGGGUCUUUAUAUACGGUAUCGCGAGGUAUCCGAGAAACCGGAAUAUCAGAUGGUCACGGUGCUCAACGCCGGCGCCACCAGUUACGUGCUGACCAACCUGAGAAAGUACACGCGUUACGAGUUCUUUCUCGUUCCCUUCUACAAGAUAAUCGAGGGCCGACCGAGCAACGUGAAGCUGGUCACCACGUUGGAGGACGUGCCCUCGGGCGCUCCUGAGAACGUCCACGUGGGCAUGAUAAACAUGACCUCGGCGUACGUUCGGUGGUCACCGCCGCCGAAGAACACCCAAAACGGCCAAUUGAUCGGUUACAAGAUUCAGAUCAAGAGCAACAGCAGCAACAAGAUACUAGGUCAGAUGUCGCUGAACGCGUCCACCACGUCGGUGAUAAUCAACAGCCUGAGCACCGGCGGGCUGUACACGGCGCGCGUGGCUGGACUGACGCGCAUCGGGCUCGGUCCUUUCUCCAGCCCUACGCUGCUGAACAUGGACCCGGGACAGUUGACGCAACUGCCGCCCCGCACCGACCCGAGCCACGGGGACGCUUCGGUCGUACGGGAGACGUGGUUCCUGGUGCUGAUGAUAACGAUGGUGUUCACCGUGAUCGCCGUGUUGCUGGCCGCGGUGUACGUCAGGCGCAGGCAAGCGAUGAGCAAGCAACUGGGCCAUCUGAACGUACCCGUGGGCACGGCGAACGACAUCUGCCAGUUGAACAAGGACACCCUGUGGCUGGAGCGCGGCUGGAGGCCCACCAACAACACCCUUCAGGGCACCACCGACAAGGACUGCGAGACCAAGCUGCUGAGCAACCAGCACAUGCUCGCCACCGGUAUAAUGGGCAUGGCCGGCUCGGAGUACGCCGAGGUGAACCUAACGACGUUCUACAACACGCGCAAGCAGAUGCAGGCGCCACCCCCGGAGCCGUACGCCACGACGACGCUGUGCGUAGGCAGCCGCAGUCCCGACUCGAUCGAGACCAGCGGCCAGAAGUCCAACUCCAGCGACUCCUGCCUAAAGCCGGACUACUCGAGCCUGGACUCGAAUCAGGAGCCCAACAACAAGUCUACGGUGUCGCCCAGCAGCGACAACGUGAGCGGCGGCGCCUACACGGACGAGAACGCGGACGUGCAAAGGCGGCAAUACAGAAUAGCCGGCGCGAGCGGCGACGCGCCCUCGCAAACCGGUAUGCCAAACUGGUGCGACAUGCUGCCACCGCCGCCGGAACACCCGCCCCCGCUCAGCGGCUCGAUGGUCGGCCGGAUGCAACAUCAGCAACCGGUGCCGUUCAGUCCGCAUCUCGGCAAGAGAAGCGUCCAGAACGACUUGGACCACUGCGGCGGCUCCGGUUCCGGCUCGGGGAACUCGCAGAGCCCGCCCACCCCGCCUAUCAGGGUGACCAACAGCUUCAGCCCGUCGCCCACACCGUGGAACGGGCAAGGCCAGUAUGAACCGGGCGCUCUCCAGGUGCCGGGUGGUAACCUCUCGGUUCAGCAGGGCCGAUACACGACGUUACCGCCGCAGACGAAUCCACCGCCGUUACCUUCGUUCCCGCAGGGUUACAAUCACUACGACUAUAAGAACCAGGAGAACGAGUACGAGAGCGGCUCGGUCAUCUACGGCCACCACCAGAACGGCCUGCCGGACGACUACGGCGCUCACGAGGCCGGAUUCGCGCGCUCCGGCCAGCCGCACCUCACCUCGUCGGCGGUGAACGACGAGCUGUACCGGCACAAGGACGAGAUGUUCCACAACGACAAUCUCUACCAGCCCGAGAACGACGAGUGGGACAGGAAGUCCUGCGACUCCAACACCCACUCGGACGCGUGCUGCUCGUGCUCGGAGUCGAGUUGCCUCUACGCCGACACGAUGGAAUAUAACAACUCGCAGUUCGGCACCACGUGCGGCCACAGGGCCGGCAGCCGAACGGGCUCCCGCAGCAGGAGCAACAGGAGUCCGCGGAGAAGGAACAGAACGUCCUCGCCCACCUACAGUAGCGACAGCAACUACUCCUGCAUCCCCCAGAAGCAAUGCGGAGGCACGAACUCGCAGGAGAGGCUGAGGCAUAAUCGUAGUAAAGACAAACUGCCCGGCUUCUCAAGGACAGCCGGUUACACCCAGCACAAUUCCUCGGCCUCCAACACGAUGAGCAGUACGGGCAGUCAGCGAUACAAUAAGCUAAAUAGUAUCUUUCUAAGUGGUAAUAAUCCGAACGCUCCGACGGAGACUAGUCGACUGGGUGACCACCGUGGCGAGAGCUAAAUUUUCCGGACGUAGUAAGUAUCCGAGCAAGCAAAAGAAGAUGAAGAUGAAGAAGAAGAAGAAGAAGAAGGGACUUGUGUGCCUGAACGAACGGCCUUCGAUCACAACGAACGAUCACAAUCACACACUCGGGCUCAAUCUCGGGGAUGAGGAGGCCGUUUCGCAAUCAGCAAUGUCGCGGUCGCGAGUACGGCUCGAGUACUGUUUGUACACGUGUUCGAGUCCUGUGAGAGCUCCGUAUCGCGGAUCCGAGUACCGCGGUCUGAUUCGUUGAUUACGAGAUACGUGUGCUCACCGAUACCGAUCGAACUCGCGAGACAACGCGAGUCGAUCGUACGAUAGCCGGCCGGUUGCGAUGCGAAGCGAUCGUUCGAUGGAACAAAUCUCGCGUCUCGAACGGCCGCGUUAACGUAAUAUUCAUAAGGAGGUUAAUACGCCUCGCGAGACAACGCCAGACAUUAGACGAUGGGAGGGAGAGAGAGAGAGAGAGAGAGAGAGGGAGGGAACGCUUACGUUUGGCCGAUCACGAGGCGAGUUGCAGCUCAAGCUCCGAGGGAUGUACAGCCUAAUUCCUGUGUUCGUACGGCGCGCAAUAACGGUCUUCUGCCGCGGGGAAGGAGCACAACACUUGGACACUCGAGGGACUUCGAUGCGAGGACGCUCGUCGCUUCUCGUGGUCGACGUCCGCGCGCGCGCACACGAUAGCGAUAAAGAUAGCGCUUUAACGGCCACGCCGAUGGACCUCCGCUCACCUCCGUUAUACAUAAAUAUACAUAUAUAUAUAUAGAUAUAGAUAUAUAAAUACAAGCGACGCACUCGAUCGAGUUUUUUUUUUUUUUGAGACACUCGGAUAAGGGCUUUCAAGGCACAGGAUCGCGAGGAGGCGGCGGCGACGGCAGCGCGCGCGUAGUAUUAAUUUCCCCUUCAAGCGAACUUCUGCCAAAUAGACUGAUUAACGUUAUAUCAUCGGACGCUUGCUUGGUCUCUUUGCGUUGCGCAUUCUCCGUUUUUCCAUUCUUUCGCCGACGAGAGACGCGGUCCUAAUCGCAAUAUCGGGGAGAGCGAAGGCUCCGCCUCAGGAGAGAAGGGAGCGGAGAAGGUGAGCUUCUCCUCGCGAGCGCGACUUUCGAGGAGGACGUCGCUCCUUAAAUAUGUCCUUCGCGCGAACGGCGAGGAACUCGAAUCCCCGAGCGGCUACGCCGAGGAGUUUGUGCGUGACGUAAUUGUUUGCACGUUGUCUAUCUGACUGCCAUAUUGUACUGCCAUUCCCGGUGAUAUCCGCGCGUCGAAUAAGGAUGAUACUCUAAGAUUAGUCUAAUUAAGUUAUUUCCCGCGCACGCUUUUUUCGAAAUGAUUGCCUACUUUCAGCUGAAGCGCCUGGUGCUGAGAGAGGCACCGGACGACGACGACGACCGCGUCGAAGGCUCUCGCGCGCAGCCGCUGUGGGAUUAAAAUAUUUAAGGACACGAGUGUCACGCGUGGACGUUUCAAAGACUUUUCGACACGGCGGUGGCACAAAUGGAAAAAGAGAGAGAGAGAGAGAGAGAGAGAGGAAAGAGAAUACACGGGUAACGGGUCCUCGUGAAUAACGGACUAAGUGCGCUCGGGCGCGAACAAAGGACUCGUGUCGCGCAAGGCGCGCGUAUGGAUUAGGCAAAUAGAGCUCGUCGCGAUUCGCCAACGCGCGAGAUAAUCCUUUCGUUACGACGGCUUACGAUAUAGGUCCCUGGCCGAAAAGUCUCGACAUACCGCUGUAGUGGUAAGACCGAAAAGUAAUCUCCCUCCCGACCGCUGUAAAAUAUACAGCGAGCAGAGCUUGUCGUGCAGAGCCGUGCUGACACUACAGUUCGUUCGAUUCUAAGCUCAUUGUAAUACACCACACACACACACACACACACAUUAUUCGCGUUAAAAAGCCGACGCACUCUCUAUUAUCAUAAUUAGAUUCAAUUAAUUCUAAUUAAAAUCGUUUUAUUAUUUUAUUAGUAAUUUUAUUAAAAAUUUUUUUAAUUUAUUAAAAAAACUUUCUAAUUAAAAUUAAUUGUGUAACAGAGGAAGGUUUCAUUCUACGCGAAAAGUGAACAGACAACGUGACGGUGGAUAAUUAAUGCGCUGAUUGUAAUACGAACGACUAAAGGCGGGACGAUUGUUGUCGCUCUUUUGGUUCACAGCGAAUACUCGGCUGCAGGUGUUGUGAUCGUCGUGGCGAAAGGAUUAACACGUCGCGCGCACGACGAGAGAGAUAAUUCGCGCUCGACGACGCGACCGACCGACCGACCGACCGAUUCAACCGACGGACCUUUACCGUUGUAAAGUGUGGCAUUUAUUUUCAACUGCCUGUACAUUCUGGCCACGACAAAUGGAGCAUAUAUUAUUUUGGAUAUAACGUUCCUAAAUCCUAAGGCGACCGAGGGCUAAUUUCUACAAACGGUGACAUAUAAUUCUUCCAAAACGAACGCACGUAGUAAUAUACGUUAAACGAAACGAAGUAACAAUAAAACGCGGAAUAUACAUAUAUAUAUAUACAUAUUAUCAUAUCACUUAUGCGACUCCUGUAUAAAUUGUACAAAGUUACUCUAACGAGAUUAGUCACUAGUUAUUAAUUUAUACGCCGUAUCGAUCGAACCCGUAUUACGUAAGCGAGAUAACGAGAGAGAUAAGGAAAAAUAAGAUAUCUCAUAGUGUACUCUGUUAAUUGCACGUACACGCGACACACGACCUGCAAGACACGCGAGAGUGCGAGAGAAUGUUUUCUCUCGCGUAAGGGAAAAUGUGCGUUUCGAAGCUGUCAACGAUAUGCCGCCGGAUACACAAAGGGAAAAAAAAGAAAGAGUUGUUCUCGAACGCGCGUACCUGAUUCUCCUAUUCUGUCGGAUGUUUCCGUCGCCGUCUGAAAUUUGUUCUUGCGGAAUACACAUUACACGAUAUCCAGUGAGAGGAUUUAUACGGGACACACGGUACAUGUGCAUUUGCGCAAUAAAUUAUACACAUUUUUUAUCACACUCUCUUGUCAGAUGUUUUUCGUCGUUGGUGUUAUCAUUAUUGCCGUUGAGGCCAGCGUUUUCAGUGAGGAUAAAGGAGGGACGUCCGUCAUUUCGCAAGACUAAUACACACACACACACACACAGCCCGGGUAGUCAGAUCCGCACCGGUAGAUUUUGCAAAAUGCCCGUGUGCAAUUUCGUUGGCAGCGCGCCAACGGAAACGUGACAGGAACCGCUUAGCGGAGCGAGCGUGGCAAUGAGCGGAAUCCGGCGUUUCGUAACCGUUUUAAACGGCGUUGGAACGGCGGAAUAUACGCUCGUGCCGCCAAUUGGCUGUCCGAACGCGAACUUUAACGCGGACACAGCGCUGAUGCCGCGAUACUCCGGACGAAUCUACUGCCAGCGACACACCGUCGACACUUUGCUCACUGCCGAGUAGAAAAGGCAGUUAUUGAAGUAAAUCGUGUGGAAUAUUGAAAGCGACUACGCGUGUCGCAGCGAUUCGUACGUUGCAAAGCGACACUUAAACCCUUUGUAUUUUUCUCACUUCGCGUUCGUCGUUGAACUUCGCGAAUCGCCCGAAGCUUCGACGGAAAGCCACGGGCAACGAAGUACCUUUGUAUUCGAGAUCACCAACGUGUCGAGAGUAUACGUCGAAAAAAUUGCGCAUCGUAACCGCGGAAUUUCAUCGUCGGCAAGCCCUUGUCUUUCUCUCCUUUGAAACGCACAUUUUUAAUAGGAGGGAGGGGGUGUGUGUACGUCGCGUCUACUCGCGGUAUUUGCGACAAUGCGCGGUAUGCGCGUUCACGGCUGAUACGGACCAGCGUUCCUCUCGCGAUCCGAUCUCCAUAGACGGUUCUAGAUGUACUCUCUAAAUUCUUUCGAAAUUCUUUCGAGCGGUGAUGUUGAGUGACAGCCGAGUCGUUCGAAUUCGAGCGACUUUUCGCUCGUACAGAGUAAAUUUCCCACUCUAAAUCGUCGAGUAAAGUAUUUUUGUUGGAAAUUAAAGAGUGUAUUUGUUACUCUACCGUCACUCUGAUCAAUUGAAAUAUUCACUGGUGUACGGAUUAAAUAUUCAUCCUGAAUUCGAAUUAAAUGUCCACUCUUGUUAUUCCGAGUGCGAUGUGUAUUUUCACCAUCGAGUGAAUUUUUACUUGUUUUCAGUGAGAGGUUACUCCGGGAAAUUUGGAAAGUAAGCCGAACUCUCUCCCGGGAAUAUAAGUUCGAUUCGAUAAAUGCGAUUUUUAACGGUACGUGAGUACUAGACAUGAUGUGGUCUGUAAAUAGGUCGCGCGAUGCGUAGGUUUUUACCCGGGAAGUAUCGGACCAGCCGUCUUCCAGAGAUACAAAGAGACGGCAAAAAAGAAUCAUUAGAGAGACUUGCACACCUAAACUGCAAGGCUCCUGCUUGCAUAUCGAGCAUAUUCUAUAUUUGAUAAAAUGGCUAAGCUAAAAUAUCGGACCCGUCUAUGUUGUGAGCGUUUAAUGUAUAAUUCGGAGAGCGCUGUUUCGCACGCCGUUCAAUCGACAACUUGCGCGACCGUUUUCCCGUUUUUUUCCCCCUCAUUUCGCGUGUACACGCGGCCGAAGAUAUCUGAUAAGUUCCGGUAGCGCGUUACGGGCGAGAAAAUGUUCUCUUCUCGACGUAACACGGUGCCCACGCGUCGGGAUGGGCGCGCAACUUUUACUGAUCGACUACGAGCUUCAAUCGAAGUAACGUCGAGUAACGGACUAGCGUAAUUGUAACUUGUUGAACGGCGCAUUAUAGCGAAUCGCUCAAAUUUGUUAUAUAUAUAUAUACAUGUACAUGUACGAUUAGUUCCGACCAGUCGCGUGUGCCAGACUGCAAACUGCCUGAAUACAGAAAUACAGAAGUGAAGCACGACGGAUGACGAGACAGACUUUAUCUCGUGUUUAUUAUUCGGACGCUCAACGCGACAAAGUCACACUGCCAUGUGUAAAAUACCGUAAGAGGGGAGCUCACACAUUGACAACCCCGCACACACAUACAUAAUAUACAUACACAUACAGGAAUUGCAAUCCCCGGGGGAGGCGACUUCGGGGGAAAAUGAAAGAAACACAAACGGGGAGAACGAAGAAAGAAGUAAUUAACUAACAGAGAUAUUGAAUUAAAUUUGUUAACUCGGAGAGUUGAGAAACUUAAGGUCUAUCUAGAUAAUAUAUGACGUAGUGAUGUAAGUGCCGGUAUGCGAGUCUGUACGCGCGCCGGCUCGUGGCUGCGCGCGGAUAAAUUCGCAUAUUCAAUAAAAAGUCCAUCCAAGCAGGCGAGAAAACAAAUAAAACGAAAUAGAUUGGGAAUAGGUUGAGAGAGAGAGAGAGAGAGAAUGUGUGUGUUUGAAUGUGUGAGAGAGCGUGCGAGCGAGCGUGUGUGUGUGUGUGUGUGAAUAUCAAUUCGAUAGGCUUAGGCUACAAACGAGAGCGGGUCGUCGAGUAGCUAUCGCUACUGCGGCGACACCACUGCCAGAAAGGAAGCAUCUCAUUAUUAGAUAAAACGCGUAUCUUAAGUAUCCGUUACGUGCGAGUGUGCGGUUGAUGCGAAUUCUCGCGAUCUUGUUCAAAUCAUUGAGAGAGAGAGAGAGAGAACGAGAGGACGCGAGCGGUCGACCGUUUUUAACCAACGCUCCAUUGUCUCUUUUUUUUCUCAUCGUCUUCUCUCUCUCUCUCUCUCUUUCUCUCUCUUUCUCUCUGUCCCUACUCUCCUCUCUUCAAGCCUCUGUUCACUCACCUGACAUCGAGGCGGCGAAGGGACGACGAGAGAGUUGAUAUUCCAAACGAAACGCGAGACUCCGCUGUUCGUCGGCGUCGUGUAUACACGACUAAUGGAUCCGAAGGGGGAAUCUCGAAGAAAUCGGGACGAUGGCCUCGAGUUGAGUGAGUGAAAGAGCUGCUUGCUCGUCGCCG